GGAAAGUCUCGCUGCUCAGCUGUGGCGACUGACAGCCUUAUCUCAAGUUUGAAAACUCCGAAUCUCCACCGAGGAUGUAGAAUCUGAAUGCAGAGUGUAAGAUAAUGGACAAUAAGCGGAGAGAUUCGGAUGAAUCGCUAACGUCGGCGACCGAGAGCGAACUAGUCGCGCAGGUCAACCGACUGUCAACGGCGAUUUUGGGAACGAAUGAGAACGUGACAAUGCUGAAUGAACGUCUCACCGAAUAUCAAAAGGUCAGUGAAGAAGCUCUCCGAGAACUCCAGCGUAACAUGACGAGCCCUCGGAUCCUGGAGUCGACGCCCCGAGUGUCCAAAGGAAGUCACCGCGUCAAUUCACCCCUUGAUAACAGCCCGCUGCAAUCCCUGGUCUCGGUCCUUCGAGAAAAAGACUUGACAAUGUCCGUAGUGCAAAAAGACAACAUGACUCUUCGAGAACAGCUAGAAAGAUUGCGAUACGACUUGGAAAAAUCACGGGCCGAAACCCAGACGGAGAAGGAAAACCUGAAGCGAUGGCGACGCAUGAUCAUCUCGCAAGUCGUUAUGAAUAUCGCAUCUGUCAAUCGGCUAAUCGAAACCAAUCGCACUAUUCCGCCAUCGCUCAAAGAGAGGCUUCUCUCUGAGAGACACCCGCAAGCCGAUAUCGUCCUGCAGCUAGCGGAGCUCUCCUCGAAACUCCAGUGGUUGUGCCAAUUUUCAAAUAGUUCAGACAUGUGUUCCCAGAGACCCUAG